UCAUGCAAACUCGCUUGUAGCUCGUUUACUACAUCACUACGAGUGAAAAGAGGCAUAAUUCGUGUACUAAAAACGUUUUUCUCGCGAGUUAUUGAUCCGGAAAAGACGAAUCUGUGAAUAUCUUUCCAAUUUUCCCGAACUGGAUCAGUUCGGAUUCUGACAUCAGUUUUACUGUAGGUUCCUUUUGUGUGAUGUCAUUUCCUCCUAUGUUUUUCUUAAUCCAUAAUUACACUCCGUCUCAUGACAAAACAUUAGUGCACAAUAAAUAUGCAUCGCAUGCAGUACACAUAUACGCAUACCCCCCUAACAUGUUGUUUUGCCAACACAUUGCUGUAGUUGUUGUGUUGAUCAGCUGCCUCAGAGGACUGAACCUGGGUGAUUUCAGGAGCUCCGUGACAACAGACGCAUUACACCCAACAUCUCCCUCUCCAGAGACAGAAAGAGAGAAGGAGGAGUGGUGUGUCACUCCCACCUGUUCACCCCAUCCCUCCUUCCUGUAAAAACCAGCUUCACAUGAGCGACAGAAGAGAGAGAAACAGGAGGCGCGCGUAACUCUUCAGUCAGUCACUGAGGGAUUUUCCGAAUCUGCAAAACUAAAACAUUUGACAAAAGGUGUCAUAUACAUCCAAUAAAAAUGGGUUGCUUUGGAUUUUUGAAAUCAAUGAUGUUUCUCUUCAAUGGCAUCAUCUUUCUGGCAGGAGCAGCUAUUCUGGGUGUGGGGAUCUGGGUGAAGGUGGACAGUGGGUCUGUCCUGAGUUUUCUGCAGAGUACACAGGGAGCUCCAGGUGAGCUGGGGCAGGUGUUGAACGUGGGAUACCUCCUCAUCGCAGUGGGUGCCGUCCUGCUCAUCCUGGGCUUCCUGGGCUGCUGUGGAGCGAUCAAAGAAAGCAGGUGUAUGCUGCUGCUGUUCUUCAUCAUUAUUCUGAUUGUGUUCAUUGCUGAAGUCGCUGGAGCGAUCGUGCUGCUGGUCUUUAAGCCUCAGGCUGAAAACCUGAUAAAACAGAUGGGAGGCGAAGUUGUGAAAAGCAUCAGAAACGAUUAUGGGAAAAAUAAGGACAUCACUGGACUAUGGAACACGACCAUGACCACACUGAAGUGCUGCGGAUUCAACAACUAUACAGAUUUCACAGAUUCUUACUUUGUGAAAAACACCUCGAGUUACCCAGAUCAGUGCUGUAAUAGAGUUCCAUGCAUUAAGGACACAGCUUUUAAUUCGACUAUACCAGGUUGUUUCCCAGCACUGAAGAAGCUUGUAGAUGAUAAUGCAGUUAUCAUCAUAGCUGUUGCACUGGGAAUCGCUGUUCUUGAGCUUGUAGCGAUGAUUGUCUCCAUGAUCCUGUAUUGUAGAAUAGGAUCAAAAGCUUGAAUAUCUCUUUGAGGACGAGGUGGAUCAUCUGUGAUACCAUCACUCUGACUUUUUCAAACAUUUAGAAUUGUAUCAAACAAUAUGACAUUACAAAUCCUUCUGGUCAUCCACAAAAAAAAAAGUAAAUUCAGACUGUUAAGCCUAAACUUUGACUGCAAACAUGAGUUUUGAGAGAUCCCAUUAUACUGUACUUAUGUUAAAAUGAGCUGUUUUAAUGCUAAAUGUAGGCCUAUGUGAUUGUUUUUGUUUACUUUGUUUUUUACUUUGCCUAUGCAAGUUGUGUUCUUAUUUAAAAACACUAUGCUAUGUUUAAUUGCAUAACACCCAAGGCAUUAUUUUAUCAUUCUGAACACACUAAGGGGUUUUCCUACUGACAUUAUAUGUGCAAUGACCAAAAAAGGCCAAAUGUUUUCUACCAAAUGUUGCUGAUUGUAGUUUUUUGUAAACUUUUCUCAAACCAAAGCCAUUUUAAACAAUAUGCCUGUCCGUGUAAUAAAGCACAAUGUUUUAUUUUAAAAUCUGUCAUGUAUAAAGUGUUUUAGAAAAGAAAAGAAAAAUUAUAUCGCUAAAAUGUUAAUUUUAAGAUGUUUAUUUUGACAAUAACUAUAAAGGCAAUAUUUCAACCUGUUUGUGGUGGGCAUUUCUUUAAGUUCUUCAACUGUAACUCUACUAAUGUAGGCCUACAUGUUGCCUAUGAUGAUCACAAAAUAAACCCUGACAGGAUGUUCUUGUA